CUCAGCCUUCCGUUACAAAUAGUCGGAACCAAACUAAGAAUUUGCUCCAUAAUCUCUUACUUGUGGCAUUAAUUAGUCAUUUGAACGUCAUUUCUAUUAAGUGGAGAGUAAAAGUCUGAUGCUAAAAAAAUAAUCGAUUUACUUUCGCCUUUGUGUCUCUUUGUAUCCCCACCACCUCCUUAUCUAGUUAACCGCGUAACGAGAUGGACGGGCACAACUAUAUACAUACAAGACGUGUGUGUGUGUGUUCAUGCCUAUAUAAUAGCUAAUGUUCUUGUAAGUUAUAACUCGAACAAGAAACAGUAAGAGAACUUAUAAAUAGAGAAGGCUAUAUGGGGAAUUGUGCACUAAAGCCAAAAGUUCUGUCAGAAACCGGAGCUCCGGCGCCGGAGGAGCUCAAGGAUUCACUUCUUGAAUACCAUAAGAUGGACGCUGCAAAAUCUCUUAGCAACUUGUUCCUUCAAGACAAGGCAGAUAAGAUAACGAAAGAAGACGAGAAGAUCACACCGGAAAAGAUACCGGUUACUGAUGAUCUGAAAACAGCUUUGGAGGAGGAAAAUACUCCGACCAAAGAGGCAAAAUCUCCGGCAACAGAGACAAAGUAUUCGGUAACAGAGAAAAGAGCUCCGGCUGACAAGAAGAUAACACCGGAAAUGAUGCCGGUUACUGAAGAUCUGAAAACAGUUUUGGAGGAGGAGGCAAAACCUCCUGCAACAGAGACAAAAGCUAUGGUUGAUGAUCAGAAGGUGAAGAACGAAGUGGCCGUUCGUGAAGAGAAAAUCAUUGACCUCGUGACUGUGAAAGAGAACGAAACAGAGGCGAAAACAGAGUAGGUGGGAAAAGAAUAAACACAGUGAAACAGCCUUGAAACGCUAGUUUCUGCGUUCUUGAUAGCAAAAUGCUUGUUUUUGUUUAGAUUAUAUUUUUCCUCGAUAGAUAAACGCAAACGCUGUAUUCUUUAUAUGAAUUGAAAACUUCAAAUUUCCUAUUGACCGAUCCGUCAACCCAAAAGAAUGUCAAUGUAAGAGGCUACGAAGAACGUGUUUUUCCGUUUUCGUUUUCUGCGAUUGCGUUUCAAAGAGAAUGCAUGCGUAAAUCGGUGCCCGUUACAACACUUUCGAAAGUUUUGGUUUGGACUUUA